GAACUAGACAAGGGCAUGCCGACGGAUUGUUUGUUUGUUCCCUCCCGUGCUUCACCCUUCUCGUCAGACGCCGGCGCUUCGUCGUCUCCUCGUUUCGCCGCGAUGUCUACUUCCUGCUCGCCCCCACUGUUCAUCUGCUCCAGCGGCCAACCCAAGCUUUGUGCUUUUCCUCGUGGAGCAUCUAGCAACAUCAUGCUUACACCUAGAAGACUAUGCAUGGAGCGCCAAAGCAGUUCACAGAGAUCUAGUAGAACUUCGGCUCUUUCAAGGGGGGACUUUUCUCCUGUUACUCAAGAUGUGGAAGGCUUUCUUCACAAUAUCGUUAAUAUGGGAUUUCUUGACCGUCUGAAAUUGGCUUGGAAGAUAAUCUUUCCUGCACCGACCGUAACGGAGAACACCAAUGCAAAUAUUGCAAAACAGAGGCUUAAGAUGAUCCUGUUCUCCGACAGGUGUGAAGUCAGUGAUGAAGCAAAGAAGAAGAUAGUUGAAAACGUUGUUGCGGCACUAUCUGAGUUCGUUGAGAUAGAAUCCCGGGACAAUGUUCAAGUGGAUAUCUCGACUGAUGCUGGCCUUGGCACUGUGUAUUCUGUGACUGUUCCUGUGCGCCGUGUGAAGCCCGAGUAUCAGGAAUCUGAAGAGCAGUACAGAGGAAAAAUCGUCGGUGUUGACUUCAAGGACACUGGGGAAGUAUCGGGCAACGUUGAUGUCACCUUUGAUUUCUUUGUACCCAACGAGAACCACUGAUUCCUCGUGCCACCAAUGUGCUCCUCUAUGUUCGAUAUGAUAGAAUGUUUGCUAGUGUGGUGUAAAUAUCUAGGCUUUUGUUUAGUUCCGUGUUUCAUGUACUCUGGUUUUCAACGGUGACAAACAUGUGGUGCCAGAUUCGUAGAAACUGUUAUUCUUUUCUAAUGUUUUUAUUUUGUAAAACAACACUGCGCUGCAGUUUGGCCAGCCAUAUGCAACAGUUGUUUUCGGAUAUGUAUUGUGCUCUGGCGAUAUAGUAAUUGCCACCAUUGAAGAGGAUAUUUGUUUCA